AUGCCAUUGCUGCGGGAGGUGUUUAAGCGGUUGGGACUUCCAGGUUUCGGCGGAGAGGUCCUUCACCAAAUCAAACAGGAGGACCGAGGGACGUCAUUGAGGCUCCUGUACCAGAUUAAGAAGUCGAUCGAACCAGUGAAAGAUGAUGCGAAAACGGAAAAAGUGUUAAUUUGAAUAGAACUCGAAGAACAGCAACAUACUAAUGAACUUCGAACCGUAUGAUUGAUCUUCCAAACGAUGCGGGAUACGUUUGGAAGGUCAUGCGGUUCGAACUUCAACAGCAUGCAACUACCGAUCAUUCCAGAAACGUCUGUAGCAACAUGCUGAUGAACUUCGAACCGCAUAAGUUUCUUAAUGAUGCUGCUACUGAUGGUUCUGGUAAAAACGUCACCAGAUGAUACGUUUAGAAGCUUGUGCUGGUCGAAUCUUAGCACCAUGCUUCUACCAAAACCAAACUCUGCUCAACACAGAUCCCCCGUCUCCCUCGUCCCGAGCUGGACCCGAGCGACGUUUAUUGGUACAAAAUGGGUGGCCACAAGGAACCUUUAUUGAAGCCGUUUCUCGAUGAAGAACGACGGCAAGUUCUCUAUGGCGAAUACCUGGACGACGUCGAUGAGCACACAAUGAUUGACAACAUCGCGAGGAACAGGGACGAACUGUUGGAGCAAGCCCUCGACCGCAGGAAUUUUGCCGCAGAACAAGAGGAACAUGUUCUCCAGUUCUGGAGAGGCACCUAUAGGGCAGAUGUGGCGAAGACUACAGAGGAGGUCAGGGUGGAGCGCGAGGUCUUGGCAAGAGAACAAGCGAAGAUUGACUCGACGAGGAAAUACUACCGGAAACAAGCGUACUCUACUACCACUAGUAGUUCCUUGUUCGAUGCUUUGACUGAUGACAGACAUUCUGGUAUUGCUGUAGAAGAACAGACUUCUUCUCUCACAACUGUAUCUUGUAUCUUGUUCUUGACUAGAACUCGAUCGACGUAGUUGCAACAAGAAGGUAGAAGACUUUCUUACACAUUUCUCCUUACCAACUUGGUAAGGAGGAAUGUGUAAGAAUUGGCUUACACCCGUUCUCUUCUCCUUAGCCCUCAUUCUCCUUACCAAACAGCCUCGACGGCAUCGAUAGCUACGAAAGAAAUCUUCAAAGGAUUGGUAUUGAUACAAGCGAGAACGCGGGAACCGACGUUCCGACACGGGGGAUCAACAAUCCCAUGGAGCUGUUGGAGAGUAUGAAGAAGAGGUACAACUACUCUUACACCUACUGCUACUGAUGCUAGAAGAACUCAGUCCUAACUAUUCCUGUUGUUUCACGAUUGCAGAUGUACAACACACGACAGACGACGGUAAUUACAAAGUAGGAUGCUUAUUCUGCUCUAUUUUUAAAGUUCUGCUCUAUAUAUAACGCGUUGCUAACAUAAGAGUCACGCGUUAAUAAGCCUGUCAUACACGUCGAGGAUCCUCCACCGACACGACAACUACAAGUUCGAUCCACUACUUCUCAGGUUACCUUCCCGCAAGAACCUCUUCCUAGAAUGCCUUGUGCAUAUGAGAAAGAUCAAGGCUGGUGGAAGAACUCGAAGAAAGGCGGCGCUGGAGAGGGAGAAGAGAAGACGGAAGCAACGCGUCCAAGCAUCCGUUGAGGCGGCUGACUUGGGUACAGCUAGUUCUUUUCACUGAAUGGUUGUAAUUCAAGUUCUACAACUACAAUCAAAUACAAGAUAAGUUUUGCCUGGCACUGCCUCAACUUCUGUCUCUACUUCCCCCACGCCCUUCGUCUCCCCACUCUUCUACAACAGCCAAGACAACCGCACUCAAAGAGGCCACAGCAACGCUCACAGCAGAGAUGCAUGCUCAACAAGUAGCCGCUAGAGCUCACUAUCUGCAGGAUAUCUAUGAGCAGAAGUUGUUUGACGAAAGGGCGGCUGCACAGACCGCCUUUGCCCAGAGACGUAAUAGUGAGUCCGAAGCAAGAUGGAGGAAACAGACAGCGACAUGUAGAGAACAUUUUGAUAGCGUGGAAAAACCAGCAAGGACGCAGAGGAAGGAAGUGUUUAAGUUAUGACCCGCAAGGCCAUUCGCAUUGGUAUAAUUGAAACUUGUGUUUUUAGUCAAAGGAAGUAAGCUUCGUUAGAGUUAGACCACCUAGUAGUGCAUAGUACUGAAUCUCGGUACUGCUGGACUUCCGUGACUGAUGGACGACGCCUUUACCGUAGAUGAUCCAUCUAGUAUUGCAUGUUAUUUAGAGUUAGACCAUCUAGUAGUGCAUAGUAGUGAAUCUCGGUAGAUUUUCUCACCCUUCUUGCGUGCUGAGGAUCCCCUAAUCUUCUCCGCCGAGGCCGAGCGGCAGCAACAGCGGCAAGAGAAGCAUAGUGUCUACUGCAACCGAGUCCUCGAAGAUCUUCUCGACGUUGCCGACGACAUCUUUAGGAAGAGAUAUGCGCAAUAUCAAGCGGACGGCGAGCUACCACCAAGGAAUAUG